AUGACACGGUUGAUAGACUUCACACGGCAAUCCAGGUUUGUACGUCACUGGUUUGGACCUCAAACGAUAGACCAUAUAAGAGCAUUUUCUGCCAUCGCAUCCCUCCAUUCAAAGAAGAAAAACAGUAUACUUGCAUCAUACUAUCGAGGCGGCACAUCCCGGGCGUUACUUUUUCAUAGAAAAGACUUGCCGUCUGACACAAAGGACUGGCCACCAAUUUUUCUAGGCACCAUUGGCGCACCUGACCCCAAUGGCAGACAACUUGACGGAAUGGGCGGUGGAAUCUCGAGUCUAUCCAAAAUAUGUGUCGUCGCUCCAUCGGAUCGAAGAGACGCAGACAUUGAAUUCACUUUCGUCCAGGUUGGUGUCAAAGACGAUCGAAUCGACUACUCCGGCAAUUGUGGGAAUAUGUCAGGUGCCAUUAGGCCUUUUCCUAUUGAUACAGGCUUGGUGAGGCCGUCGAAUACAGCGGGUCUUAACACAACUGUCUCCUUGUACAAUACCAACACCCAGAAAAUCAUUGAGGCCACCUUUCCCAUCACUAAUGACGGAUCCGAGACUGUCGAAGGCGAUUUUGCUAUCGAUGGCGUGUCUGGUACUGCCGCAAAGAUUCAGCUUGACUUCGUUGCUCCGGGUAGUUCAAAAACAGGGAAACUGCUUCCAACUGGUAACACUAUUGAUAUCAUCGAUGGACUCCAAGUUACAUGCAUCGAUGCCGGGAAUCCGUGCAUUUUUGUGAAUGCCGACGAGCUCGAUGUAGAUGGUACGUUGCUUCCAAAUGAGACUGAUAAACGAAUCGAUCUACUCGAACGAUUAGAGUCACUACGAGUCAAGGCCGCAGUUGCUAUAGGGAUGGCAAAUACCACUGAUGCCGUACCUCCAUCAAUUCCCAAGAUCUGUUUUGUGUCUAAGCCUGCCUCGCAUAAGAUCCUAUCAGGGGAAACUAUUUCUGCGGACAAAGUUGAUGUUGUUGUACGAGCUAUAUCAACGGGUCAACCACAUAGAGCCCUGCCGAUCACCACUGGUUCAUGCGUAUCUGCAGCAGCAAGGCUUGAAGGAUCGGUUGUGCAUAACUGUCUCUCGGCUGGAUCUUGCGUAAAGCAGGAACUAGUUAUCGGCCAUCCGAGUAGGACGUUGGUGGUGGGAGCAUUCUAUGAUGAUGAGGGAAAACUGAGAAAGUCUACGGUCUACGGGACGGCGCGAAGGCUAAUGGAAGGGAGGGUAUUUUGGAAGUAA